CCCACUCCCACUGACAAGAUGGCGGCUCACAAGGGGUGGCGGUUGGUGCGGCAGAGCUGCCGGCUGCUGCACACCGAGCUCUCCGCGGCCCCUCAGCCUCCGUCUCCGCUCUACCCGCCCGUGGUCGCCUCCCACACGGCCAAGAGCAAGUCGGCCAAGCGCCGCCGGCUGGAGUAUUUCUACCAGCAGGUGCAGGAGGCGCCCUCCAUCGCGGAGAAGCUGCGGCUCUACGGCCGGCUGCAGCGGCUCAAGUACGUGGUUUACCCGCAGACCUUCUCCCUGAACGCGGACCGCUGGUACCAGAGCUUCACCAAGACCGUCUUCGUGCCGGGGCUGCCCCCCGCGGGAGCGGAGCCGGCGGGCCCCGGGGUCCCGGAUCUGAGCGAGUUGCGUUCCCUGGCCUGCGACGCGCUCCUGCAGGAGCAUUUCUACCAGCGCAAGCGAGAGCGACCCUUCCUCUACCGAGAGCAGCAGCACGUCCCGGCCCCCUUCCUCACCCAGCUGGUCAUCUCCCUCACCGCCGCGCUGGGCAGCCGCAACCCGCUGCUCGCAACCUCCUGCUUAGAUUUAAAACCACAGGUUAACUUUUAUUGGGAACGUGGUGAGACUGUUGUUUGUCGAGGCUAUCGAACUGGUAGAAUCGACCCAGUGAGAUUUCAGAUAGAUGACAACCCACAAAUCCAGAUCCGCGUGCCAAGACAGCUUCCAGAGUUUGUACCAUUAGAGUAUUCAGUCCCUGGAGAAGUUCCUGUUAUUAAUCACAAACCAGACAAACUUCCACUGUUCAAAAGACAGUACGAUAACAAGAUAUUUAUAGGAUCAAAAGUGGCAGAUCCAUGCAGCUAUGGUCAUACGCAAUUUCAUUUGAUUCCUGAUAAACUGAAAAGGGAGCGAUUAUUAAAAGCAAACCUUGCUGAUCAAAUUGAAGUAACUUAUCGAGCUAAUGGUAUUGCAAGCCUCUUUGCUUGGACCGCAGCACAAGCUAUGUAUCAAGGAUUCUGGUGUGAGGCAGAUGUGACCCGUCCCUUUGUAUCGCAGGCUGUGAUCACUGAUGGAAAAUACUUUGCUUUCUUUUGUUAUCAGCUGAAUACCUUAGCACUAACUGUACAAGCUGAUCAAAAUAACCCUCGGAAGAAUAUCUGUUGGGGAACAGAAAGUAAGCCCUUAUAUGAAGCUGUGGAAGGCAAUAACGUAAAAGGUUUUAAUGAUGAAAUUCUGCUUCAGUUAGUUCAGUUUCUGCUAAACAGGCCAGAGCAAUUGUAAAUUAGGCUACCAAAGGCUCUGUUUAAAUGUCUGGGCUUCACAUCACAUUUCAUUUGACUUCUGAUGGAAUGGUUCUUCAUGCUUAUUCAAGGGGGGUGUGUAUGUGUGUGAGAGAGAGAGAGACUGUAAACAAGAAAAUGUAUUCUGUGAUUUCUUGUGGGGCUUAUUGUCACACACUCACCAAAAUAUGUGGUGCUGUACAUUGAAAAUAAACAUAUAGAAUAACUUAA